CAACAGACCACCCAGGAAUCUUCCACAAGUCCAGCCAUGGAAACAGAGGCUACUGCCACCACUAUUCUAGCUUCUGUAAAAGAACAGCUGUUGUGUCCUGGAGGGGAAGAGAAAGGCAAGGAAGUCCACGGGAGCAGCUCACUCCACUUUAAAGAAGAGAAGAAGGAGGGAAACCAUGCUGGAUCAUGACCUCCAGAGAGCUGCUUCUUCUUCCCCCUGGAUGUUCUGUCACUGCCCUCGUCCUUUGGACACACUGCUACAGCCUUCAAUCUGGUGUGCUCCAGGUGCAUUGUGGCUGAAUGAGAGCCAGCAUUAAAAUCACCUUUGGUGGUGAAAGAAGCUGGUGUGCCUGUUGCUUGUGGCCACCACUUGCUUUGCCACAUCUCUGGCUGGACCCUUGGAUGCAGAAGAGAAGUGGCCUCAGAAACUCCAAGAGCAUGUUGGACUGGCUGUUCUGCCAAGGCGGAUCAGUGCAAGCAUCCCUCACUCUGAGGACCUCUGGAGAAAACUGUGAGCCUCCCUGUGCCACCACAUCCUGGAAGGUGGAGAAAAGAAAUUAAUAAAGAGUCCUAUGGAACUCCAGUUUCAAAGACUCACCAGAGAGCUUGAGGUGGAAAGGCAAAUUGUUGCCAGUCAGUUAGAAAGAUGCAGGCUUGGAGCGGAAUCACCGAGCAUUGCAAGCACAAGCUCUACUGAGAAGUCGUUUCCCUGGAGAUCUGCAGAUUUGCCAAAUACAGGUGUAAAUAAGCUCAGAACAUCAGAAAGUGUUCACAUUACUUCUUAUCAUGUUGGAGCAGAGCCGGAACAAGGGAAUCUCUAUUCACCAGAGCAAACAUCGCUCCAUGAAAGUGAGGGAUCUGUGGGUAACUCCAGAAGUUCAACACAGAUGAAUUCAUAUUCCGACAGUGGGUAUCAGGAAGUCAGCAGUUUCCAUAAUAGUCAGAACCUGGGAAAGGGAGAGAACAGACUACAACAUUCCUUUAUUGGAUCCAAUAAUAACCAUCUGGUGAGAAGUUCAAGGGCUGAAGGACAAGCUUUGGUUCAGACUUCCUCAAACAUACCUGCAAACAGAGCCAUGAGACGUGUAAGCUCUGUUCCAUCAAGGGCCCAGUCUCCAUCCUACGUCACCACAGGAGUUUCCCCAUCAAGAGGAUCACUGAGAACUUCUUUAGGAAGUGGCUAUGGUUCACCAUCUGUCACUGAGUCACGAUCUCUUAAUUCUAAUGUGUUCUCAUCCACAACGUUACCUGCGCAAAGAGCAGCAUCUCCAUUUGGUACGCAAAGACCUGCCUCACCAAUAGCAGUGCGUCGGAUUAGUUCAGUAACAUCUAGGCAAUCAUCUAACCCCAAUGGAGGAACUCCUCAGUACCAGCCUGCAGUCAGAGUUGGUUCACCUCUUAAUUUAAAUGAUGCACAGACAAGAGUGGCAUCACCCCCUCAAAGUCAAGUUGGGUCUUCUUCACCAAAGCGUUCUGGCAUGACUGCGGUCCCGCAGCAUUUGGGAUCAACUUUACAACGGACACUUCAUGACAUUGAGCAAUAUGCACAACAGUAUGAUAUAUACGAAAGAAUGGUUCCACCCCGCCCAGAUAGCCUUACAGGCUUGAGGAGUUCAUAUGCCAGUCAGCACAGUCAGCUUGGACAAGAGCUGCGUUCAGCUGUCUCUCCCGAUCUACACAUCACUCCCAUAUAUGAAGGUAGAACCUAUUAUAGUCCAGUGUACCAUAGCCCUACUCAUGGAACAGCUGAUGUGCACCAAGGAUCCCAGACAGCAUUAUAUCGAACUGGCUCAGGUAUUGGAAAUCUACAAAGAUCAUCCAGUCAGCGUAGCACACUUACAUACCAAAGAAAUAAUUAUGCUCUGAACACAACAGCUACCUACGCAGAACCCUACAGGUCACUUCAUUAUCGAUUGUCGGAGUCCAGUUACAACAGGAUGCAACAUGCAGCCCCUGCUGAUGAUGGCACAACAAGAUCGCCUUCGAUAGAUAGCAUCCAGAAAGAUCCCAGAGAGUUUGCAUGGCGGGAUCCAGAAUUGCCUGAGGUCAUUCACAUGCUUCAGCAUCAGUUCCCAUCAGUUCAAGCCAAUGCUGCAGCAUAUCUACAGCACCUGUGUUUUGGAGAUAACAAAAUAAAAACUGAGGUUUGCAGGUUAGGAGGAAUCAAACAUCUAGUCGACCUGUUAGAUCACAGGGUCCUUGAAGUUCAGAAGAAUGCUUGUGGCGCAUUACGAAACCUGGUGUAUGGAAAAUCUACAGAUGAGAAUAAAAUAGCAAUGAAAAACGUUGGUGGGAUUCCUGCACUUUUACGAUUGCUAAGAAAAUCAAUUGAUGCAGAAGUAAGAGAACUUGUCACAGGCGUUCUCUGGAACUUGUCUUCCUGUGAUGCAGUAAAAAUGACAAUCAUUCGAGAUGCUCUGUCAACACUGACAAACACUGUGAUAGUUCCUCAUUCUGGGUGGAAUAAUUCUUCCUUUGAUGAUGAUCAUAAAAUUAAAUUCCAAACUUCUCUAGGCCUCCGCAACACAACAGGAUGCCUGAGGAAUCUAAGCUCUGCAGGAGAAGAAGCACGGAAGCAAAUGAGAGCGUGUGAGGGGCUGGUUGAUUCGUUGUUAUAUGUGAUCCACACAUGUGUGAACACUUCUGAUUAUGACAGCAAGACUGUGGAAAACUGUGUGUGUACAUUAAGGAACCUUUCCUACCGUCUAGAGCUUGAAGUGCCUCAGGCCCGCCUGCUGGGUAUUAAUGAAUUGGAUGACUUUUUGGGGAAGGAAUCACCAAGCAAAGAUUCUGAACCAAGCUGCUGGGGGAAAAAAAAGAAGAAAAAGAAGAAGACAUCGCAAGAAGAUCAGUGGGAUGGAGUUGGCCCAAUACCAGGAUUGUCAAAGUGUCCUAAAGGUGUGGAAAUGCUGUGGCACCCUUCUGUAGUAAAGCCGUAUCUAACUCUUCUAGCUGAAAGCUCCAAUCCAGCUACUUUGGAGGGUUCUGCAGGAUCUCUCCAAAAUCUGUCUGCAGGCAAUUGGAAGUUUGCGGCCUAUAUUCGAGCUGCAGUCAGGAAAGAGAAAGGGCUUCCAAUUCUUGUGGAAUUGCUGAGAAUGGACAAUGACCGUGUUGUUUCCUCUGUGGCAACUGCUUUGAGAAACAUGGCUUUAGACGUUCGCAACAAGGAGCUUAUUGGUAAAUAUGCUAUGCGAGACCUGGUAAAUCGCCUUCCUGGAGGCAGUGGACCAAAUAUUCUCUCUGAUGAAACUGUGGCAGCAAUAUGCUGUGCUUUGCACGAGGUCACCAGCAAAAACAUGGAAAAUGCCAAAGCACUAGCUGACACAGGUGGAAUAGAAAAACUGGUAAACAUAACAAAAGGAAGGGGUGACAGGUCAUCAUUGAAAGUUGUCAAGGCAGCAGCCCAGGUGCUCAACACAUUAUGGCAAUAUCGCGAUCUUCGUAGCAUUUAUAAAAAGGACGGUUGGAAUCAAAAUCAUUUUAUUACCCCAGUGUCAACACUUGAGCGUGACAGAUUCAAGUCACAUCCCUCCUUGUCGACAACGAAUCAGCAAAUGUCGCCUAUCAUUCAGUCUGUUGGCAGCACAUCUUCAUCACCUGCGCUAUUAGGAAUUAGAGACCCUCGUUCCGAAUAUGAUAGGACCCAAACUUCUAUGCAGUAUUACAAUAACCAAGGUGAUGGGAUUGUACAUAAAGACAUCUAUACUGGGUCCAGCAAACCUUCGCCAGUUUAUAUCAGCUCUUAUUCAUCACCAGCAAGAGACCAAAAUAGACGCCUACAGCAUCAGCAGUUGUAUUACAGCCAAGAUGAUUCCAGCAGAAAGAACUAUGAUGCGUACAGGUUAUAUUUGCAGUCCCCACAUAGCUAUGAAGACCCAUACUUUGAUGACCGAGUCCACUUCCCAGCUACAGCUGAUUACACAACACAGUAUGGACUGAAAUCAACCACAAACUAUGUAGACUUCUAUUCCACCAGGCGACCUUCUUAUCGAGCAGAACAAUACCCUGGGUCACCCGACUCUUGGGUGUAGCAUUAGAAAACCACAAAGAGGAAAACUGUUUCUAACGUUGCUUGAGAAGAGAUUGAGUGAUGGGCUUGCUGUUUUGAGGGAGAAAUGUGAAAGUGAAUUACAAAGAAGGAAACCAAGAAAGAGCUCCCCCCACCCUACCCCAUGGGAGAGUAUUUGGAAGAUGGGAUUGAAUAUGGAAAGGGAGAACUUUGCUCUGUUUAGAUGUUAGACCUGUAGUCCCUAUAGUCUGGUGAAGGUGUGGGCAAUGUGACAAAAGGUUUGAGAAUUGAUGGGGAAAUGGAUUUGGGAAAUGUUUAGGUCAGGUGAAAUUACGAAUGAUUUUUUUUAAAAAAUGUGAAUAAAAGUCUUGUUCUCAUGGUUUGUACAGGAAAAAAUGGAUGCCCUUCUUGUUUUACUGCUACUACUAAAUGUCAAGAUUGUAUGCUAUCAUGUCUUGUAAAUUUCUUUUUAUUUGGUGUAAAUAUGGAAAUGCCACGUUGAUUGGAAGUGCCAUCAUUUGUAAUGCUGUGUGUCAUUUUAAAACUUGAUUUUAAAAAUGGACAUCUUCUAAAAAGGGGAGAGACUGAGAGAGAUUGAAAGGGGACAAAAAACAUAUGAGGAAUCGUUAUAAAUAAAUAUCAUUUUGUUUUUAAAAUGAACGGUGUAAUUUUGAAGCACAAACCUCAGUCCAGUAUAUCUGCAUCUUUUUCAUUCCCUGCCUCUUUCACAGAAUAAUUCACUGCCAUUUUUAAUGCCUAUGGGGAAAAAAUAAAUGUGGAUGCCUCAUCCAUGGAACGCAAUUCCCUGCUCAUUUUUUUUAUUUUCCAUGUUUAUUGUUAACGAACAAAUACAACAGAUGUAAAUGCUUGUUGUGAGUUGUAAAAUAAGGUUAAAUAUAUAUCCAAGCAUUUGACCACUUUCUCAGUUUUGUGGAGUUCAUAUCCAUGAGUCCAGUAUUUUUUACAGUUCAUUGUGUUUUCUUCUAAAAAUAAGUAAAGAAGCAGAAUAAAGUUCAUUUCGCUUAUUUUUCCCUUUAGUAAUCUGUCUAGCAGGCACAUAUUCCUCUUACUUCAUUUAUAAUGUUUUUUAUAAAUGAGUAUUAAUUGAUUACAUUCAUUUUCCUCCUAGCACACUGGUAACAGCUAAACCUUUAAGCCAUGGUACAAAUUAAUUUGGAUUUAUUAGUUGUUGAUCUGUGUCUGUAGCGGAGGUUGUUUCACAAAAAGAACCCACGAUUGGCUCUACAGACACUGGGAAGACAUAAAGGGAUGGAAUUAUCUGUGUUUCUAAAGGAUUAGCAGAAACUGUUCAUAAUUCCUGCCUGUUUACCUAUACUUAUUGUUGCUUGAAAUCUUGUUUGCAGAAUUAAUCUAUAUCAUAUCCUUAAUCAAUUGAAUAGAAAGUAGCAUCCCUGCAGUUCUGGGCAGCCACAUUGUCCCGUACCACAUUGUUCCCACUUCUGAUUGUUAAUGUGGCAUGUCCCUGACCAGUAUGUAAAUUGUUUCUAUUCUGUGCCUUCAGACCAAGCCAUGGUGAUUUUGACAAAAGCUCAUUUCUGUUAAAUAAUUUGUUCUCAUACUUGGUUAUUUCUUCCACAUAGUACCACAGGUGCAAAAUCUUUCUGUUGUUGCUUUCAUGGAUACCCAGUCAUUGGAGUGGUGCCCUUUGUAAAAGGUCUUAAAUUACAAAUUACAUCUUUACAAAAGGAGUCAAAAUUUUGUGGCCCUACAGAUGUUGAACCACAUCUGGCAGGCAUAGCCAAUAGUGGAGAGUGCCGGGAGCUGCCAUUUGGAGAGGUACAGGGUUCCCACCUUUGGUUGAUAAUGUGGCAUAAUGUAUUUCUCAACAUAGCCCAGAAACGUGCCUGAAUUUUCAGCUUCAUCAAGAAUAACCUGAUUCCUUCAGUUCAUACUGUUGACUUGUCAGUUUGCAUCAAGGAGAAGCAAAGCCAUUCAAGGGCUUGCCCUAAAGGACAUUUGGGUUUUCUAGACAAGACCUUAAGAAUCCUUGUGGAAAUCCAAGGUAGGAUGAAACCAGAAAAAAAAAACACUAAACGACUUGUAUGUGAGGGGCAGGUAUGUCUGGAACAUGCAAAUAGGACAGAGCAGGGCAUAUUUUCUUUCAUUUAUCUGCUUGAAAUGUCUGUGUACCUAUGGGAAGUUCAUUGAUAAAAGAAACAAAGACACUAAAAAAAAUAAAACAAGCAAUUCAAUCUUGCAUUCUUUUAAUAAAAGUUUCUGAUUGGCGCAAAUCAGUAAGAUAUGGACUAAAUUUUAAUAUACCAUAAAUAUUCAUGCAUAUCUAGAAAAUUUAGUCAAAAAAUAAGCCCCUGUGCCUUACCACUUACAAAAAAGGAAAAUCUCCCCUGAGUAGAGUUAUAAAAGGUAAGAACUUAGUCUGUACCAGAAGAACCUAAAAGAAGCAGCAAUCAGCUUUACUCUUUCUGGUACGGUACCACUUUUGUCCUUUUUGAAUGCCUGGGCAGGAAAAUGGCAGGCCAACGCAACAUUGGUGCGUUUCCUUCUCUGUAGAAUGACUCUUGUCUUAUCCUUAGGUCAUAUCAAAAUCUAAAAUUUUGACACACACCUCCCCCCCCAACCUGCCCUUUAUUUACAAAUGAGGUUGACUUGCACAUGAGUAUAGACAGUACUUAUUUACUCAUUUUGUUUUCUAUUAUAACAGUCUCCUUUACUGUUUUAAUCGCAUUACCAAACAUUUGGCUAGCAAAAUCAGCACAAGAAAUAUGGCCAAAAUAAUCAACUAUAAAUUGAUAAGAUGCGGGACAAGCAUCUACCUAGAUUCAUCUCAUAGAGGCUAUACUGACAUUUGUGUGUCAAUUUUGUGCUUGUGCUUCUUUUUCAUUCUGGGAACUGUUAACUGUAUCACUUUAAGACAGUGCUUUUUAACCUGUGGGCUGCAGACCACCAGUGGGACAUGAGGAUGAAAAUCUGGUCCGCAAACCUCCUUCCUCUUUUUUAAUUUUAUUUUAUUUUCCGCUCCUUUCAUGCUGCCUGCCACUAAUUCCCUGUCGUUGAACAGCCCUGACCUCUUGGAUAGACCACAUCGAUCCUAGAUUAUUAAAUAUGGUUUUCUGUGGGUGAGCAGAUGGCAACUACUGGAUGGCAUCUGUCCUGUAUCGGAGACUAGAGUUGAUGUGGUCUAUCCAAUGCAGUUUGCUGAAUCAGCAUCCCAAAUAACCAAAACAAAUCUAAAGUUGACCAAAAAUUGAUUUGUAACCUUUUAGUACUAAUGUUGGAGAGUGGUCCCUGGUCAAAGUGGUCCCUGGUCAAAAAAAAGGUUGGGAAACACUGAUUUAAGAUGUCCAGCCACACUGCAAAAUUUCUUUCUGUUCUGUUCAGGUGGAUUUUAAAAAUCUAAUUUAUACACAUGGAUCUUUAAUUAUACAAAUGAAAUUAAAUGGCAUGUUUCAAUUUACUUCUCUUCAGCAUGUUCUGGUUCCCCCACAUGCAUCUUAUUGCAGGAGUACUAUUAGGUCAACAAGUUUAAUUCAUAAGAUGUUGACCUCUCCAGUGGGAACAAUUAUAGACAUGAAAAAUCAUUUUUAUUGCUUAGAGCCUCUGGAGUGCGGAAGUGCUCUUUCGAAAAGUAGCGUAUAACAUGAAAAGGGAGAAGCAAUUAUUCUCUAAUCUCAUACUCAAAUUCUCUGAGGGGUGUGUAUGUAAUUUGGGGAGAGUAAGCCAAAAUAUUUUACCUGAUUUUUUAAAGUGUGCUUAGUUAAGCAGCUGUGAGAUAUUGAUACAAUAUAGAGAUACUUGGAUGCAUAUGAGAAACGCAUGACAGGGUUAAGGAAAACAAUGGAAGUAGCUUUAAUGUGUGGUAGAAGCCGCUUUAAAUAUAAAAUCUGGAUUAUGCACCAUAAGUAUCGUGCAGAGAUCUAGGGUUUGCUGCUGACUGCAUUAAAAAUCAAAUGGUCCUACCAGAACAUUUGUUUAUGGUAUUUAACUUUUAUAAUUCUUAGGAAUUCCAUCGAAUGAAAAAAUGUUUAUUGAUCCCUACAGUAUGUUCAUUUUUUUCCCAAAUGGAGAUCAGGCAAAAUUAGGCAAUUUGGGUCACAAAGAGAACCAGUUGGUUCAAGCAAGCCGUGUUAGUUCACCAGAUAAGAAUUUAUAUUAUAAUUAGUACAAAACUAUUCUAAAACUUCCAGUGCUAUGAUUAUUUUCUAUGAACUGUGUAGCUUGAUGUUAGGUCAACUGGGAUGCAGUCUCGGUUGCUGGAAGGAACCGAGAAGUAUGGCUUAAAAUUCUGUACCUGUUCUUCUGAGGAAGGACAAAUAUACAGUUCAUGUCAUUUUACUGUAAAUUUUAUCAAAGGUAGAGAAAAGUUGGUCCACUCUAUGGUCAUAUCCUUUCCUGGCCAUUCUGACAAGUUGCUAUUUUCAAUUUGUAUCAAAGGAUGGAAUCUUAAAAUCACCCCCAAGUUUGCAAUGUUUUUAAUUGUCUGGAAAACUAGACCAAAGAUGUUAGUAAAUUAGUGACUGUAUAGGUUCUGUGUGUGUUUGCAUAGUUUCCUUUCUGUAAAUAGCAUCUUGUCAAGACACUAAAUAAAUCUAUAAUGACUGCUAUUUUAAAAAAGGAUAGAACUGAGGGAGGUGCUUGUGUUAAGCAAAUACAAAUGGAGUUGAAAUGAUAAUGCAGCUACACUCACCAUUCCAAAAUGUUGUGAAAUUUUGUCCUGCUUGUUAAAGGGUUACUGAUUUUUCAGUUAUCCAGAGUAAGCUUCAGUCUUGUUGUGUGGGGGAAAUAGGCAGGUGGCUAAAAAAGAACUGACUUGAAUAACCCACUCCUGAAAAUACACCUUCCUGCACAAUGUGCUUGUAUUUUGGAUAAUAAAGCAGAUUUUGGUAUUUA